AUGACUGGAAGCGAGUCCCUGUCCACCGAUACGUGCCAGAAGAGUGGCUUCGAUUUAUCUGAGAGCAUGAAAAUGCUCAAUCUCGCCCGUCCCUACAUCCAACCGCCACCCGGAUUGGGAGACUUGGAAAAGGUAAAAAUACCGAAUGAUUCAUUCCGAAAACUUCAUUGUUUUCAGUCGUUCGUUUCGGAUUUCCAAUCCUUCGAAUCGCAAGACCGACUGCUGAAGACGCUCAUGUCGCAGACCGCCCGAAACGCGCUCGCCAACCAGGAUCCGUGCACAAUUCCAGACGAUCUCCGUGAAGAAUUGAUGCGCCAGAAACGGAAGGACGACGCCUUCAAGACGGCGCUCUGCGACUCGUUCCGCCGCAAUCAGACUUGCUCGUACGGCGAUCAGUGCAGAUUCGCUCAUGGAGUCCACGAGCUCCGGCUCCCACAACACGUGAGUGCAGUUAAUUGGAAAGUAGUAAAUGGUUCUGUUUCAGCCACGUGGAAGAAAUCAUCCAAAGUACAAGACUGUUCUGUGUGACAAGUUCUCGACGACCGGAACUUGCAAGUACGGCACCAGGUAGACCGCACUCCUUUCCAUCCGUUCUCUCCAGUCAUUUCGCCCUUUUCAGAUGCCAAUUCAUCCACAAACUGGUCAAUCCGACUCUCCUCGCGCAGGCCAGCGGAAUGAUGGAUACGUCGGCCAACGGCUUCAACCAGUCGCUGUUCAUGCCGUCCGUCUCCGCCGACCUCAGCAUGGACCUCAACCAGAGUCUUCCGAUCCGACGUACCGAUCUGGCCCGCGCAUUCGCUCGCGCCAAUCAGGCGGACAACGCAAACGACAGUGUGAGCCGGAUGGCGCGCGUCUUCACCAGUCAGUUCAACCGAAACUUUGCGAUCCCGGAGCUCCACCAAUAA